AUGUUUCCAUUUCUGGUUCGUGUUGCUCUCAGCAAGAAGCCUGCAGCUGCAUCUUCCAUUUGGUCCCUUCAUAGAGCAAUAUUACUGCUUCCACCAUCACUGAAACCCAGCAGCAAUCAGUACCAUUAUUACCAUCAUAAAGUCAGCGUAAGCUCCACAGAAACCAUCAAACCGUCUUCCCCAACUCCCGCCAAACUCGCCACAUUCAAGCUCUCCCUCAUCGACAACCAUGUCCCGCCAAUUUACGUACCUUUCAUCUUCUUUUUCCCUGCUCCCGGCUCCACCACGGGACCAAAACCAGGGGAGAGAUUCGAGACCCUCAAGUCUUCACUCGCCCAGGCCCUCACGCGCUUCUACCCACUCGCCGGCAGGUUGUCCAAAUCUGCCGACAUCAAUGGAGCAGGUUCGGUUCCCGUCGUCCAUUGCAACGACGAGGGUGUGCCGUUUUCUUCCGCCGCGGUCGAUUUGUCCAUGGCCCAGUUUCUCAGGAAGCGAAUCGAGAUCGACUCGCUCCAGCAAUUCCUCCCUUUCCCUGCCGAUCUGAUCAUCUCGGGCCUCGAAUCGGUGCCACAGAUCGGCUUCAGGGCCACCGCGUUCCCAUGCGGCGGGCUUGCCAUCGGUGUUUGCUUCUUCCACAAGAUCGUAGAUGGCCCCACCUUGGCCGAUUUCAUGAAACUCUGGUCCGCCGUCGUCAGGAGCGAGGAGAAAACGGCGGCGGCAGUGGUAGGCGGCAGCGCGUACGCUCACGAUCUCGCUGCCACGUCACUACUGCCGCUGCGACACGACGACGUUGCCCCAUCCCCAAAAGAUUUCGUGGGCGAACAAGGGAAGAUCGUGACGAGGAGGCUAGCUUUCGACGAAGAAGCGAUUCACGCGCUGAAAGCCAUAGCGAAGAGCGAUCAGAUACCCAAUCCGAGCCGGAGCGAGGCAGUUGGUGGGUUUUUGUGGAAGCACGUGAUGGGUGCAGCCGCCAGAGCAGCGUCACCCGACGGGUCAAACCCCAGAUCAGUCGUCUCAAUUGCAAUGUCAGUACACCACAACAACCAUCAACAUGAUUAUUUGGGUGAUGGAACAAAGACCACAAUACAAGAGCUGGUCCGUAAAUUGAGGGGGUCAGUUGCGAAACUGGAUAAAGAGUUUAUGACAAAGUUACAAGGCAGAGAUGGGAGACGAGAGUAUCUGAUGAAUCUAGAAGCAUUGUGGAAGCCGGCGAUUGCGGUAGAUGCUUCUGUUGAAAACCAGACGAUAGUAGUGCCAUUUAGGAUAACUUCCAAUAUCGGAAUGAGAUUCUACGAUGUUGAUUUUGGAUGGGGAAAGCCUGCUUGGGUCACCAUGGCUCAAUUCCCAAAUCCGAUCCCAAAUUUGGCCGUUUUGUUGCAGUCCCCAGUUGGAGACGGGGUUGAAGUUUGGCUCACUUUGCAUGAAAAAGAAAUGGCCAUAUUGGAACAAGAACCUGAGUUCGCUACUUAUGCUAAAAAUAACAUGCCUGUACUUUGA